CUUGAUCUAAACACACCAGCAGCAGCAGAUAAACUGGAGCAGGUCGCUGCAUUACAGCAGAUUUCGUCUGAUGCUUAUUGUGUGAUUGACUGAGAAGCAUCUGUGUGCAGUGUUGAGCAUGGCGUCGGUUCUGCAGAAGCUCAUCACUCCUCUGUUCAGCGGGCCGCUCGAGCCGCCGAGGAACAAAGUGACGGUGGUGGGAGUGGGGCAGGUCGGCAUGGCCUGCGCCGUCAGCGUUCUGCUGCGGGAGCUGGCGGAUGAGCUGGCGCUGGUGGACGUCAUGGAGGACAAACUCAAGGGUGAGAUGAUGGACUUGCAGCACGGAAGCCUCUUCCUAAAGACGCCCAAGAUCGUCUCAGGCAAAGAUUACUCUGUGACGGCUAACUCUCGUAUCGUGGUGGUGACGGCAGGCGUGCGUCAGCAGGAGGGCGAGAGCAGACUGAAUCUGGUGCAGAGAAACGUCAACAUCUUCAAACACAUCAUCCCUCAGAUCGUCAGAUACAGUCCCAACUGCAUCCUCAUCGUCGUAUCCAACCCAGUGGACGUUUUGACAUACGUGACCUGGAAGCUGAGCGGCCUGCCCAAGCACCGCGUCAUCGGCAGCGGGACCAACCUGGACUCGGCUCGCUUCCGGUAUCUGAUGGCCGAGAGGUUGGGCAUCCAUCCCAGCAGCUUCAACGGAUGGAUUCUGGGAGAACAUGGCGACUCCAGCGUUCCCGUUUGGAGCGGCACUAAUGUGGCAGGAGUCAGUCUGCAGAAACUCAAUCCAGAUAUCGGUAAAGACACGGACCGAGAGAACUGGAAAGAAACACACAAGAAUGUCGUAGACAGCGCCUAUGAGGUGAUCCGACUGAAAGGCUACACUAACUGGGCCAUCGGGCUGAGUGUGGCCGACCUGACAGAGAGUCUCAUGAAGAACCUCAACCGAGUCCAUCCCGUUUCCACCAUGGUGAAGGGUAUGUACGGCAUCAGUGACGAGGUGUACCUGAGCCUGCCCUGUGUGUUGAACAGCGCUGGAGUGGGCAGCGUGGUCAACAUGAGUCUGACCAGCGACGAGGUCUCGCAGCUGAAGAAGAGCGCAGACAUGCUGUGGCACAUCCAGAAAGACCUGAAAGACCUGUAACGCUGACUCACAACCAAUGGCUAUUAUUCACAGCUUCGAAUGUUUGAUUGCUGCUAUGACAAGACAUACACGAUCAAUCUUGCCUAAGAUUUUUCUUUCAUAUCCUAGUUGUAUUAUGUUCUUGAAAUGAUCUUUCAAAUGAUUUAGGGGUUUGAUUUUAUGUAUGUAAAGGAGUAGUUCACCCAAAAAUUGAAUUUACUGAAUAUUUACUCACCCUCAGGCCAUCCAAGAUGUAGAUGAGUUUGUUUCUUCAUCAGAUUUGGAGAAAUGUAGCAUUACAUCACUUACUCACCAAUGGAUGUGAAUGGGUGCCGUCAGAACGAGAGUCCAAAAAGCUGAUAAAAACAUCACAAUAAUCCACAAGUAAUCCAGUGAUUAUAAGUCUUAAUGAUGGAUUUGUUUGUUAAAAACACAUAGCUUUUCACUUCACAAGACUUUAACUGAUGGACUGGAGUGGUGUGGAUUAUUGUGAUGUUUUUAUCAGCUGUUUGGACUCUCAUUCUGAUGGCACCCAUUCACAUCCAUUGCUGAGCGACUGAUGCAAUGCUACAUUUCUCCAAAUCUGAUGAAGAAACAAACUCAUCUACAUCUUGGAUGGCCUGAGGAUGAGUACAUUUUCAGGUGAACCAUUUCUUUAAAACAGUCAGGAAAUAUAGAAACAGAUGAUUGUCAGAUUAGCACUUUGUGUGAAAACAGAUCUUUGUGUCUGAUGGUGAAAUAUAGCAAAUACACUACACUACAAAUCAAAAGUUUGGACACACUUGACUGAAUGGAUGAUUUGUGAUUUUAAACACCUUUCAAUCCAAAAAAUGGAAUUGUGCCAACAUAGAAAUUAACUUGAAAAACUAAAAAAAAAAAAAGUUAUUCAAAAGUAAAUGCAUUGGAGCCGAUUGCAAGGAAAAGCAUCAUCAAGCAUUUCUAUUACAUGCUCAAGUGUUUUAAAGCAUCCCAUGAUGCACCUCAUGAAAGCCCAGAAUGAUCAUAGCUGGAAUCUACAAAAAUAAACUCUUGUUUUCAUUUGUUUAAAUAGGAAUUUGGUCAUUUUUAAGCGAGAUGCUAACGGUCUAAUCAGAUUCAGUGAUCUAUGCUAAGCUACGCUAAAAGUGCUACCGUCAUGUUUUGAUCAGUAAAUGUGAAAAAGAAGAUGUGUCCAAACUUUUGAUUGUCACUGUUACACUUCUGACUGUUGUUUACAGGAACUAGUCAAUGUACUCACUAAAUGUUGAAUGAAAGUGCAAAAUGUAAACCACAUGCUAGCAAUAUAUACAAUCUUUGUGUAAUAUCUGCACUGAGCGCUGAUAUAAGGCUUUAAAUGUGAUGUCUAUCACAGUUUAACACCAGACAAGUAAACCUGUCAAGGAUAUAAUCCAUUUAUUAAACAGGAUCUUUGUUGGUAAAAAUGUA